AUGGCAUCCAUCUCGUACCGAGAUUCCAUUCGAUGGAUACCCGAUGAGGCCAGCGAACCCACCGAUACCAUCGUCUUGUCUUCUCUGAAAAGCAACGUCUUCGUGGACGUAAGAUUCAUAAAGGGUACGAAGGAUCUCGACUGGGCGUUUGCUGGAUAUCGAUCUGCAUUGGGCCCAAAUGCGACUCAAUUCGUUCAUCUUAUCGAUUCUCGCACAUUGGAUGCCCUCAGCGUUGAUGACCAGGGAACCAACAGCACGUUGCCCGACGGUAGGACAUUAGAAAUUGGGGAAAUGGUGAACCCUGCGACGGGAAAGACGACGGCAUACGAAGAAAUCUGGCGAGAAGAAACGAGCGACCAAUUUCUGUUUGCCAAGAACUACGAAGGUACGACAUGGCGGGCGAGAGUCGGACGAUGGCAAGUGGCCCUUGGACGUAGCGUAGACGGUGAAUUCUGGGCAUGGCAGGCAGAGAAGGACAAGAACGGGGCGUGGUUGGUAAAGAAUGGUACAGAAAACGCAAGGCAGCAUAUCGACUUGCUGCCAGACGACAUGAUGGUGCUCGACAAGAACUGGAUCAUAAUUUAGGCUCUUAUUUGUUCGAACCAAAUAAAUCGCCUAUAUAAGCACCGAUU